AAAACUUCGUACAAGUCCAGGCCUGCUUUCACGAAACUGGGCCGUCCUGAAACUCUCUUAAAAACCCUAGGCCAUCUUCUCCAUGUAUAUAGUUUCUUCAGCCGAGUAAAAACCCUAGCUGCUGCUCCAUUUCUAUCUGGUGGCAUUUCUGUAAGUGGGUUGUGGAAAAUUUCUAAGCUUCAAACAUGAGUAAGCUUCAGAGUGAAGUCCUCAGAGAGGCAAUUGCCACUAUAAUGAACGAAUCAAGGGAGAAGAAUCGUAACUUCACUGAGACAAUUGAACUUCAGAUUGGUUUGAAGAACUACGAUCCUCAAAAGGACAAGCGUUUCAGUGGCUCCGUUAAGUUGCCCCACAUUCCUCGUCCCAAGAUGAAGGUUUGCAUGCUUGGAGAUGCUCAGCAUGUUGAGGAGGCUGUGAAAAUUAAUUUGGACUACAUGGAUGUUGAAGGGUUGAAGAAGUUGAACAAGAACAAAAAGCUGGUUAAAAAGCUUGCAAAGAAAUACCAUGCCUUUUUAGCAUCAGAGGCUGUUAUUAAGCAGAUUCCUCGUCUUUUAGGCCCCGGUCUCAACAAGGCUGGUAAAUUUCCCACCCUUGUUACUCACCAAGAAUCCCUGGAGUCUAAAGUCAAUGAGACCAAGGCCAUGGUUAAGUUCCAGCUGAAAAAGGUUCUGUGUAUGGGUGUCGCUGUCGGAAACCUCUCCAUGGAGGAGAAGCAGGUCUUCCAAAACGUGCAGAUGAGUGUUAAUUUCCUUGUUUCACUCUUGAAGAAGAAUUGGCAAAACGUUAGGUGUUUGUUCCUGAAGACCACCAUGGGGAAGCCACAACGCGUGUUUUAAAUAUUUAAUCUAUUUUUACAUGUAUGGUGGAGUUUUGUAGUGAGAUGUUUUAUGAGGUUGAUACUUAUAUAAAGUAUUCAGUUGGAAUUCUCAAAGUUGCUUUUUUACUUAGUUGUUUCAAGGUUUAUAACAUGGUCAUGUGUUUUGUUAAGAACUUUUUAUUCUUGUUGCAGAAUCAAUUUUUGUUUACUUA